AUGAGCGGCCGCGAUAGUGCCGCGUCGGUCGAUGAGUGGAGUGACCUGGACGAAGAGGAGGCGGGUCUGCGAGAUGCCUUUGUGGCUUCGGUGCGAGAACUAUACGAUGCGGGAACACCGUUCUUCACCAAGGAGAUGAUUCAACUUGCGCAAGAUCAGGUUGACGAGAUUGCGGAGGGCUCAGUAUCAACAGAAAAAGUAGAGCACCUUGGUUUUGAUGGUAAAAUGCAUUCGCAAUCGUUACCGCCUUCGUAUUUUUUUGCGAAAAUAGAUGAUGGAAUCCUCGUCCCCAUUGUUGGGUACAAGUCGUUCGAGGCAUUAACCAUAUUGCCGCCACAUCGUGUAGGCGACAACUUGUUUGUUUCCGUCAGCGUCUCUGGCUCAUACAGGUUGAUAAAUAAACCGCCGGAUAUUUUGCAAGAUGAUGCGAGGUGUGCAUUCGACCAGUAUUUCGACCUAUGGCAACAAGGCAAGGAUUGGGCAGACCUGAAGGAGCGGAUUCGGCCGCAUUUUUCAACGCUGCCAAUGACCAUUGACAAGAUUAUCGGGUUUGGGCUCGGCGUUCUGACGAUGGAGGCCGGUCGUAACGAUGACGAUGGAUGGGUCAAGCGCUGUAGCGAACAGCACGCCUUGAUGCUCACGUUGGCCAAGAUGCUUCAAGAACACACUGGCAACAGUGUCAAGUGUUUUGCCCAAGAUCCCGCAUAUUCCAAUACUUGCAAGGACAUUCUCGGCAAGAGAGACGUUGACAUUGUCCACGGAGACACGGGGUUUCUUUUGGUGGACGAGAACUCCAUUGUAUUGUCGUUUAGUCCCAAUGUCCCCGUUCGACAGGUGAUUGCGGAUCUGGCUCGUCCAGCAAUGAUGGUAUGCAAUAUGAUUUCCAGGCCCACGACAAGGGAGUGGCGGCGACGGGGAGGUGUUUCCAUCAGCCCUUUUACCACAGAUCCUGUUUCACCGCGAGUCAUGGCCAUGAAAGAAGAAUACAUCGAGUUACCCAUCAACACUGUCAAGUCCCUCGGAAAUUCCGCAGUUUACAUACGGAAUACAAAGACCUCAAAACCGCCCCAAGGUCAAAGCACCUUUUCGUAG